AUGUAUUCUACCGUCUCCGGUAAUUGCAAGGACAACUCGAGUGUUUACUCUGGAAGUAGCACGAAUACCAGCAAUUCCGCGGCGGCGUUCGGCCGCAAUCGAAGGAUAAUACCUAGAUCGAACUCUACAUCGGAUUUAUAUGAGAUUCCUGCGACGACAGGACUUGGCAGUAGGAGGAAGAAACAGCUAUACGCCUCCAACGUUCCUGAGGGGUCACCAGCGAUGGUCGGCUCACGAAUGACUCGUCAGACACAGCCUUGGACGAGCAGGAAUCGCAGUCAGCCCUCUCUGCAGGCCUCUAACCGUGCUGGAAUGGAUCAGUGUCUAUCAAGCGGUCUCUACAGGUCGCAGAGCAGAUCCAACAGCUGCUACAGCCUGGAACAGAAGAGCUUGCUUAAGUCAAUCCCCGAAAGACGUCAGCCUAAUUAUGUGCUAACGCCGUAUCAAUUGCAGCGGAAGCAAAUGAAGGAUCCGUUCCAGUUCCCGAACGGCGAAAGUUUUACCCCAAGAAGCAGACUAGGCAACAAUGUGCCUAGGUCCAGUAGCUCUACGACGUUGAGUAGCGCGGGCGGAGCGGUGCCGCAGUCGCUGAGUCGAUCGCAAUCUAUGAAUUCGCUGCCAUUGAAACCAGUGAGAUAUCAGAAGCCCUUGGCUGCGAUCCCAUCGUCCUCUACAUCGCCCGUGGGGUCUGGGAGUAGCGACAGCAGUUGCAAUAGCAUGCGAGACCACUCCAGUAGCGGCAGCACUAACCUCAGUAGCGAUCCCAGUGCUCACAGUAGCAACACUGCGCUACCCUUGGCGGCAGUCGAAAAGUCGCAGUUUAUUUUAGUUGCAAAAUUGGCAGCUUCUGGCGAUGCCAAGCGUCCUCUUCUGCCAGGUGCCGAAAAAUCGAAUAGUUUGGCCUCUACCUGCUCAAAAUCAAAUGGCGAAGAAAGCCCUUCAGUUGUGCUGAUCUCAGCGCCCUAUAACGAGAAAUUGGAAGCUAAGAAGGAUGUCAAAAAGGAGUGUCAAAAAGAGAAGGAUUUAUUGCUUAAAAGGCAGCCUGAAUCUGGAACAAAGCUGGGAGCGUUCUUUAAGAAAAUCUUUUCUUUAUCCUCCAGUGGCAGUCGCAGUCCAUCUUCUUCUGCUUCUUCGUCCUCAACUUCAUUAGUUUCGUUGUCUCAAUUGUCACCUCUGAACUUGACGAGAAGGAAAAAACGUAGACGAGUGGAUGCGGAUAUUUCUGGCUCCCCGGUGAGCUCACCGCGGUCAGAUGGAAGGUCCGUACCCUCAAGGCCAAAACUGGAAGCUUCGCAAGCUAAGGCUGAAAGUUACGACAAAGUUCAAGCAGCUGGGAGAUCGACAGAGAAUGUAGAUGUUCAUCUCUCUACAGUGGACGAUGAGAAUGACGAAGACUGUGACGACAUCCUGAUGGAUACAGAUCUCGUCUUCGACAGCUUACUCUUGAAAGCUGACAUGGGUCGUCCGUCCUACCAGCAGAAGCAAAUUGAACUGCGCCAAAAACUAAACAGACCGCCACAUUCCGAUUCCUCUUCAGUAAUCGGUGCGGUAGACGCUAGACGUAAGCAGACUUUCAAAGAAGCGGAAUCAAACAUUGACUACGAGUUGAUCUCGGAAUUCUCAAGACUGGGCACCUUUAUCGAAGAUUCGUCCAAAGCAGACCAUGCAAAUCUGCCCCCAAGGUCGGCCAGAAGACCCAAGCUGCCAGAUAAAGAAUUGGCGAGAUCGUUUUACCAUCCGGUUUAUGGUGAGGCUGAUUCCGCUCAUUAUCUGAUUAAGAGGCUGUACCAGGACUGGAAAGUUGUUCAUCUGGAUGAAACCCUCCAUAAAGGCGACGGCAAGGCAGUCUUAGGAGAAAAACGGCUGAGAUUUGCGGAUGAAAUCUAUGUUAACGACACAUGGUCCCAGUACGAUUACCAAAGAAGCGACAAAAGAUUCAUCAAAAAUCGUCGUCGCAUGAUGCAGCUGGAGAAAGGGGGCUUUAUUCAGGCCAUCAAAGUUGAACUCAAUGAGUUCAAGAGAAAUGAAAUGGUUGUUCAUCAAGAAAGUGUCCGGUUUACACAUCUAUUCUUGUGA